CAAACAGGUGAGGUCAUGCUUGCUGCGGCAACUGCACGGUCUGUAGAGACGAUAUUGACGUUGUAUUUGGUGCGCAAUUGCGCAGGGUUUUCUGAAGCUGACGAAGGCUAGACUGCGGCUUCCGGAGCAUGCGUUGAGUGAGAUCUCAUACCACGAGGAGUUUGAGGCGUCUCGGGUCGUGACGCUGGACUCCGAGGGGAACUGGCAACUCCGAGACGCAGCUGACACAGUCGACGGCGAGAGGGAAGGAAGCUCGCUGCAUCAUCGGAGAGCAGGAAAGACCAAAGAGGAGAAAGACUCUGAAGUUGUAGCAAGUAGUUCUGCAAGACCCACUGCGGACACACUGCUUUGGUUUAGCUCGUUGCCACCAAGUGACCUUCGCCAGGCGCAAAAGCAGUUCUCAAGCGGUAAGGCUCUGUUGUAAUUGGGUUGAAGUGCCCGAGAUACUUUCGCUGACGACUAUGUGCUGUGCAUUGCAGGACUUCAAGCAUUGCUAGUUGCUGCAGCAUCAGCGAAAAAGGUUCAGCGAGUCGUACACGAGGUCAACGGACUUUGAUAAUAAUGAAAGGCUCAAGUGCGUAUUCGGAUUGAAGAGCGAUGAUUUCGCCAUAUAUUUCGUUACCUCUCGCGCUCUAGCCUGGCAUUCCCACUGCAGAGAGGAUGCGCAGCGUUUACACUGAUUGGCGAUGGUGGAAGCGCUCGGAUUUUCGGCCGAAAAGGUCCGUAAUGCGUUGUUUCACCUUGUCCACAGCCAUGUCUAUCUUAAUGCCCGUCUCCUUCAUGAACGGCACAUUCAUCUCUUUGCCCGUGUAGCCUCGCUGCAGGUUACGACGGAUAAACGUGUCGUACUCGGCGAUAAUGCGUAUGAUCAGAUCCGACGUGGAGAUACCGUCCGUCCGGCGCGUCUCCAGGAACUUGCCCAUAGCUUUAAUGCGCGCGUACACGUCACCCUCAGACGCCUCACCAGACGCGUCCGAGUACGGCAGUGCGUCGUGGCACACGUAGUCGAUCUUGUGCUUCUCCAGAAAGUCGUCGGACAGCACCCAGGGUGCAUCUUCUACUACUUCGUCCACCCACUUGCAGUGGCGCAGCGACUCGUAGCGCUCCUUGUCCGUCAUGACCGUGCGGCCCUUGAGCUUGUGCGUGAUCUCAUCGUUGCAGCAGCCAACGAGCAGGUACGUGUUGGGGUAGGCCUCCUUGCACUGCUGCAGGGCCUUGGCGUGACCGAAGUGAAAGAGGUCGAAGAUGCCGUCGGCGUAGAGACGCAGAGGACGCCCGGUCAGUGUGCCAGGCUCCCCUUCGACAAGCAUCUUGCGGAACGGCGCGGAGCUUGAGGACUCGGUGCUGGUUGCGCUCGUCCCGUCAGAGCUCACAAGCUCCGGCUUGGCAGGUUCGUUGUUCAUGUUGCUGUCUGUCUGCUAUGGCAGUAGUCAAGCGGAAUUGGUUAGAAUGGGGGUUAUCCCAAGAGCCUUGCGUUGAAGGUGUAGAACCUUACCGGAGCCAUGCUGUGUCUUUGUUCUGAUUGUCGUGUUCGUAGCCGGGAAGAAUACUAAAUGGGAUGAUGUAGGCACCCACCCGCGCGCCGCCGAGUGCGGGGCUCUUAUCAGCGACAGCCGCAGCGGGGCUGUCGUUGGUGGGAGAGGCCGAAUGCGACGCCUUCUUCCAACGUCCAUCUCGAUGUGGUUUGAGGACGAGGCCCACUUCAACAUUGGUGUGCGGCACACCAUCGGCCAUCACUUGCCGAAAGCUCAGAAAGCAUGACGAUCGACCACGUCGCGCAGCCUGGCGAGGGGAGCGUGCUGGUCGCCCGGCUAGCGAGCCGCCACUUCCGGCCCGGCGGCGUCGUCAAGGGGGUGGUGCGUCUAGUCAGCGACCAGCAGAAGGCCGACGCGCAGUCGGAGAUCGCCCAUGUGGUGGCGCAGGUGCACGGCCACGUCACCGUGGACAGCAACCUCCUGACGCUGCCCGUGGUGCACGUGCAGUCGCCUCGCGCCGCGUCGCAGGAGGAGCGCGCGCAGCUGGAGCGGAAGCUGUCGGAGGACGUGGUGCUGUUCGACAAGAUGGGCGCGGCGCUGCCCGACGUGCGCAACUUCUCCGGGGACACGGGCACGUGCAUCUUCCGCUCGGCGCCGUCGGUGCUGCUCUCGGACAUCAACAUCGCGCCCACGCAGUCCGAGCUCGAGGCCGCUGCUGCGAAGGGCCACGGCACUAUUGACCCCGUGUCUGCAGCGGAGGCUGCGAAGGAGGGGACAGCGGAGCGCUGCACGCGCGAGUUCGCCAUUGCACUGCCCGACAACAUCUGCCCGACGUUCCGCGGCUCGUCCUCCAAGGUCUUCUAUGUGGUCUCCAUCACGGCGCAAUGUGCCGCGGCGGGGAGCAAGCCAGUGUCGGUGCACUUGCCGUUCGAGGUGUAUGGGUCCGAGUACUUUUUCGAGGCCAACACGGUGGCAAGUGCGAGCCAUCUCGCGGCGAGUCAAGGCAAGACCGACAACAGUGCAGGAUCUGCCGACAAUAAUGGCGAGACCGCGCCUAAGAAGGCGCAUGUUGUGGGCGGAACUACUCGCGUCGGGCGGCUGGACCGCAGUUUGUCUUUGGCCCCGCAACCCGUCGGAGUGCGCAAGGGCAGCGAGAUCGCGUUCGAGCUGCGGCCUUCGCUCAUGCAUGGUCGGGUGGAAACGGAGCAGAUGCAGCGCGCGCAGACGAGCAUCUUUACGAUUGGCAAGGACAGUAGUCACCUCGUGCGCUUCCUGCUCACCAAGCAGUUCUACCAGCCGGGUGAGGUGCUGCUGGGCGUGUUCGACUUCACGCGCGCCAGCAUCCCGUGCUACGAGGUGUCGGCGACGCUGUGUCUAGAAGAGACUCUGUCGGCGAUGGCGCUGGACCCGGAGCGCGUGGUGCAGUCCAAGGUGUUUGGCACCUUCCGCGAGCACACGCUCGGAGUGCUGCAGACGAACGUGCGCUUCAGUAUCCCGCACGACGCGCUGCCGAGCAUCCGGACGGACCUGGUGCGCUUCCAGUGGCUACUCCGCUUCGAGUUCUCGGCAGGCGCCCCGCCGCCUCCAGGCGAGUCCGGCUCCGCCCCGCAGCGGCAGACUUUCCAGUGGCAGGUGCCGAUCCUCGUGCAGCCCGCGGUGGCCUCGGAGCGCAACCAGCUCGCCAACGUGCCGCACAAGCUCUACUCGGGCAGCACGCGCGUGGCGUCGCUGUCGGCGGCGUCAUCGGCAUGAUCGUCGAACGGCAUAACAAGUUGAAGUCGAUGCAUGGCGCGUCACAUUUGCACUCGAACAAUAACUGACGAAUCACGGUACUUUGACGUAUUUAAGCGAGGUGGAUACAGUACUUGCAUAAUUUUUCCGACGUGGCCCGCGUGUCAGGCAGUGGAGUUUUCGACCGAAAAGAACCAGACGGACUACUUAGUAACAGCGAGAUGGCGAGAAAGGUGCGUGUCCCCCACUGCGAUCUCCCGAGACGAAGUGUGGAGCAGCUCGAAGAUUUCCGGCUCAAGAGGCUCGGAGAUCCGUUGGGUCUAAGCUUGGCCGCAUCGACUGAUACUUUGGGGUGUGGGGAUUCGAUAUGUAGAGACGUGCCAAUGAGAUGAACCACGAGGAGGAGGCCGAGGCCGACCACCGCUCCCCCGCCGCGUCCGCCGAGGAGGAGGAGACCAAGCCCGAGACGGGCGACGUCAACGACGACAACAGCGUCAGCAGCCAGGAGGGCGAGGCCGAGCCGCAGCCGGAGCCCUACCGCAAGAAGCUGAAAGAGGGCGAGCCCGGCACGCUGACCGGCCGCCCCCUGCGCCUCUACGCCGACGGCAUCUUCGACCUCUUCCACUUCGGACACGCCAAGGCCCUGCAGCAGUGCAAGGAGGCCUACCCCAACACGUACCUGAUCGUCGGCUGCUGCAGCGAUGAGAUCACGCACAAGCUCAAGGGCCGCACGGUCAUGACGGACAAGGAGCGCUACGAGUCGCUGCGCCACUGCAAGUGGGUGGACGAAGUGGUGGAGGACGCACCCUGGGUGCUGUCCGACGACUUUCUGGAGAAGCACAAGAUCGACUACGUGUGCCACGACGCACUGCCGUACUCGGACGCGUCUGGUGAGGCGUCUGAGGGUGACGUGUACGCGCGCAUUAAAGCUAUGGGCAAGUUCCUGGAGACGCGCCGGACGGACGGUAUCUCCACGUCGGACCUGAUCAUCCGCAUCAUUGCCGAGUACGACACGUUCAUCCGUCGUAACCUGCAGCGCGGCUACACUGGCAAGGAUAUGAACGUGCCAUUUAUCAAGGAGAAGAGUAUCAAGUUUGACAUGGCAGUAGACAAGGUCCGCAACGAUGUCGACGGCUUCGUACACAAGUGGAUCAGCAAAGCCGAUGACAUGCAGCACAGCUUCCUCGAGCUAUUCAGCAAGGAGGGCCGCCUGGUAAGUUGAGACGCUGUCUGUUGAUAUGUCGUAUACGCUGACAAUCCGGCUAACGACGUUGCUGUAUGCACAACUGUUGCUGCCACGUAGCGCACAUCGUUCCGCAAGCGCCGAAAGAUCAUUAAGGAGCGCUUGUCAGAGCGCAUGUCCGAGAUGGCGCGUGAAGGACUGUGCUAAGGAGCUUUGGUGGGUAUCUUCGUGGGCAAACUUCUCACCUAGACAGAAGUUUGCAGCGCGUAGGUCUUUAGGCUUGGGUGUGUGCACUUGAUUUGUAUGGCAACUUGCAUCAUUAACCACUGAGAAAUGAUAAGACAUGCAUCUCUCGCUAUGUGUAUCCGUGUUGCUUCAUCCCAUGCGCUGCCACGUUGAGCACCACGCGGACUUUGCCUGCGGAAGUGACACGCGUUA